CCCGAAGCUGCAUUGUCAUGUGGUCAAAGCAUGCCGGCCAGCUGACUCAGCUCCAAAGCUUCAAGUUGUCCGUCUAGGGUCUAAUUGAUGAUGCUCCCACUUCUGCGGACAACCACAAGUAUUAUACAUAGGCAGGAGCCUAAAAGUUAACGCCGGCGUGAUCAAGAUUAACGCGAAUCGACUAAUAAGAGCCGUUAACAAUAAUACCUUCUCACUUGUUGUAUCUUCACCGGGCGUAGUGAGUUGCCCUCGCCGAACAACAAACCCUGGACAUUACUGGAAAUUGCUUCAUCGGCACUCUGGCGGGUAUUCUGUGGUCGAGACGAGCCGCUCCUACAAAGGAGGUCGCAGCUGUCUCUGCGAUGCCCCCUUCUGGCAGCAUGAGCCAAACAUCGCCGCACCUGACGCCGCACUUUUGUUUCUCGACUACCGCCCUUCGAGAUUUCUUACGAAUAUCCCGGAGCUCCGUCGAUGACACUAUAAACCAACAGCUCAACGCUUUGGUGACGCCCGCCAGAGCGGGGUUUGACCCAUCCUCAACAUUACACCGAGCAUCCCGACCACUUGCGCGCCAGGUGGAUGCGCAGUCGUGCAGGGGCUUCAAGGACAAGGCCUUGUUUCCAUCUUGGCAAUCCCGCUCAGACGUCCUGAACUACUGCGCACUGGUCGCUACGAGCCCCGACCCUGACGACCCGAUACGGAUUGAAGCCAAGAACGAGAAGAAUCAGGAGAUGGUUGUUGACGAGAGGCUCGAUCCGUACUCGGCUCGAUCCCUUCUAAAUGAGCCCCGGACCGAAAAGUUAGCAUCUGUCGUUAGGCAAGAGAGGGGCAUCGAAAAUAUAAUCCGCUCUAGGACUUGGGGUAUCGUCAAAGAAAGGUGCGGAGAGACCGUUGAAACCUGGGAAGAGGCCCUUGCCGGAUGGCAGAGAGCCAAUGCCCAACUGUGAUAAGAAUGUCUACAAAUGUAUAUAAUAUUUGGAGAAACAUAGGUACCUUUGUUAAGUUGGAUGGGGAUACCGGAGUAGCAUGUACUGUACUAUACCUAACCAAAGUCACUACGAACUACCUGGGUACAGUUGGGAAUUCACCUCAACAACACUUGUAGCGUCGUAAAUCUUCCUAAUUGUUACUUCACACUGGGUGAAAUACUCUGCAUGUUGUUCAGAAACGGAUAUUUUGCGAAAGGAAAA